GGCGCCCCUCCCCGCGCGAGCUCCACCCAGGUCGCAGGCAGCGCGGUCGACGGCACCUAUUUCCCGCCAUUGUGCGAAGUAGAGGCUGGGGGCCCGCACGCGUCGCCCGCCAGUCGCCAGCAGUUCCUUGUCUGCCUCCGCUACAGCCGCCGUUCCCAGCGCGCGGGAGGCCGGGCGGCCCGCGCCCCAGGAUCGCCCUGCGUGGGAGGGCGCUCCCUGCGAGGAGCGGCCGAGCCCCCGAAGAGGACCCACGGCGCAGGACGCCGGGCCGUGCCGGCCCCGGCCCUUCGGCGAGAUGCCCUGUGGGGAGGAUUGGCUCAGCCACCCGCUUGGGAUCGUGCAGGGCUUCUUCGCCCAAAAUGAAGUUAAUCGUGACUGGGAGAAGAAAGUAAUUGAAUAUUUUAAGGAGAAAUUGAAGGAAAAUAAUGCUCCUAAAUGGGUACCAUCACUAAAUGAAGUUCCCCUUCAUUAUUUGAAACCUAACAGUUUUGUGAAGUUUCGCUGCAUGGUUCAGGAUAUGUUUGACCCUGAGUUUUACAUGGGAGUGUAUGAAACAGUCAACCGGAACACAAAAGCACGUGUUCUUCAUUUUGGCAAAUACAGAGAUGUAGCAGAGUGUGGGCCUCAACAAGAAGUUGAUAUAAACUCUCCACGAACUACCACUUUGGAAAGACAGACUUUCUAUUGUGUUCCAGUGCCUGGGGAAUCUGUGUGGGUAAAAGAAGCUUAUGUUAAUGCAAACCAAGCUCGAGUCAGUCCUUCAACAUCCUACACUCCCAGUCGCCACAAGAGGAGUUACGAAGAUGAUGAGGACAUGGACCUACAGCCUCAUAAACAGAAAGACCAGAAUGCAAGUGCCAGACAAGCAGGGAGUGUUGGUCUUCAGUGGUGUGGAGAGCCAAAACGGUUAGAAACUGAAGCUUCCACUGGGCAACAGCUGAGCUCCCUGAACCUCUCUUCUCCUUUUGACUUGAACUUCCCAUUGCCAGGAGAGAAGGGCCCUGCGUGCCUUGUGAAGGUCUAUGAAGACUGGGAUUGUUUCAAAGUAAACGAUGUUCUUGAGUUAUACGGCAUACUGUCUGUGGAUCCUGUGCUAAGUAUACUGAAUAAUGAUGAAAGGGACACCUCUUCUCUCCUGGACACCAUGGAGUGCACAGACACAGCCGAGGAACAGAGGGUGCACAGCCCUCCUGCUUCCUUAGUGCCAAGAAUCCAUGUGGUUCUGGCCCAGAAGCUGCAGCAUAUCAACCCAUUACUGCCUGCCUGCCUGAGCAAGGGGGAGAGCGGGGCCUGCAAGCUCGUUUCAGGUUUCAUGUCUGAGCUGUCUCCAGUCCGAGCGGAGCUGCUGGGGUUCCUCACUCAUGCCCUUUUGGGGGACAGUUUGGCUGCUGAGUACCUUAUAUUACAUCUCAUCUCUACAGUAUAUACAAGAAGAGAUGUUCUUCCACUAGGAAAAUUUACAGUUAACUUGAGUGGUUGCCCACGGAACAGUACCUUCACAGAGCACUUAUAUCGAAUUAUUCAACAUCUUGUUCCAGCAUCUUUUCGUCUACAGAUGACUAUAGAGAACAUGAACCAUCUGAAAUUCAUUCCCCACAAAGACUAUACAGCCAAUCGCCUGGUCAGUGGGCUCCUGCAGCUUCCCAGCAACACCUCUCUCAUAAUCGAUGAGACUCUCCUGGAGCAGGGGCGGCUGGACGCGCCGGGUGUUCAUAAUGUGACUGCCCUGAGCAACCUAAUAACUUGGCAGAAGGUGGAUUAUGACUUCAGUUACCACCAAAUGGAAUUCCCGUGCAACAUUAAUGUUUUUAUUACUUCCGAGGGGAGAUCACUUCUGCCGGCAGACUGCCAGAUCCACUUACAGCCACAGCUCAUCCCACCAAACAUGGAGGAGCACAUGAGCAGCCUGCUCUCGGCAGUGCUGCCUUCCGUGCUGAAUAAAUUCCGCAUCUAUCUGACCCUUUUGAGGUUCCUGGAUUAUAGCAUAUCUGAUGAAAUAACCAAGGCAGUUGAAGAUGACUUUGUGGAGAUGCGCAAGAACGAUCCCCAGAGCAUCACUGCCGACGAUCUUCACCAGCUGCUCGUGGUAGCUCGGUUUCUGUCUCUGAGUGCUGGUCAGACAACGCUGUCAAGAGAACGGUGGAUAAGAGCAAAACAGCUGGAGUCUUUAAGAAGAACCAGGCUUCAGCAGCAGAAAUGUAUGAAUGGAAAUGAACUUUAAAGAGCUGAUUCCUGUGAAAGAUGGACAGAUUGUAGCCACAUUACUGUAAAAUUCAAAUAUCAUUUAUACCACAUUGUUUUGUAGAUAAUUUGUAUCAAACACCAAUGACUUUUCCUGAAAUCCAUCCUGGUAACAUCUGAAGUUUAUAUAAUAUUCAGUAAGGGCUUUUACCUUACUGAUUUUACGGAGCUUUUGAAGUUUGUUUUAUAAUAAUAUAAAUUAGUAACAAUGUACAAAAAUGUAUUUGAUAUUAAAGGUUUAAUAUUGAUAAUGUUGCUGAUUAUACCAUUUCUAUAGCUUCAAUUAAGUCGUAGGCCAGACUCUGUUGAAAUGCUAAUAUCAACUUCAUUUGAAGAAAAUUGUUGAAAUUCUGAACUAAGAGUUGUUCACUUCAGAUUUUUGAGUCUUUCCAAUUAACAGUAGAUCUGAAUAUUCAGUGGUUCAGGUUUGGGGAAUGGGGUGUACUUGCCACUAAUUCACAUGACCAUGUGAGAUUCUGUAUUAUUUCCCAAAUGUGACCACAGAAGCUUUUCCCCAUUUAACAGUUGUUAACAAUCUGCAAAACUAGUCAGUGGUUCCCAAACUUUUGAAUUUCACAGACCAGUAAAAUUUCCAAAAAAUUUUGGGACAGGGCUGCCAAUUUAUUUUGCCAAAAGUAAUCUGAAAGAAAGAAACGUUAUCACUUUUUUUUUUUCCAUAAAAGGACAAUCUGAGAACAAGCGUAGUCCUUUAAAUGGAAUAAAUGUAGCUUUUGGAAAGAACACUACAUUGUCCUUUUCUCAUUUUUCCCAGUGCAUUUGGGAACCACUGUUUUAUGGGACUCACUUAAGGGAAUGCUGCCCUGUGGAGUUGUUUUGCCCACGUAAGAGAGCAAAAUAGUUAAUUUUUUUUAAAUGCCUUAUUUAGGAAAAAAAGUUUUCUUUUCCUAAUAAAUGUCAUUUACUUGCUUUGAUGUUGUAUUUUGAACUAUUUAUCAAUUAGUUCCAGAUAUGUCAGGAUCAACUAACAUUGUCUGCUAGCCCAGGAAUGCCCAUAAAAUUGUAAGUAAAGGUUUUUCCCCAGACCAUUGACAAUUUUAACGGGACAAAAAUAUCGUUACCCAUAGCUAGAAAUCAAACUAAUCAAAGUACAGUAGUAUAACUGUGGCAUCAGGGAUCUUUGGAGAGGUUAGAACAUUACUUCUUUAAGCUAUCACAGUUACAUAUAAAUUUCUUUAGUAACUUACCUAUUUGGAAACAUUAGAAAUCAGUUAAAUUAUCCAUAAAUCACCCCCUGACCCCAGGCCUAAAUUGACAUUGAUAACCAAGGAAACAGGGUCAGCUUUAAAAUUUGAGGAAUUUGUUAUGCCUAAUGAAGUGAAAACUAAUUUAACUUUUCCUGAAUGCAAAUCUAUUUUUAUAAACUAAUGUAAAUAAUCUGUUUAUAUUUAGAAUUCUAACUGGUUUUCAUUUUUAUAAUUGGUAGACCAGAUCUUCCUUAAACUUUCAGAAAUAAAGGCUUAACUGAGUUUGUAAGAAUAAAAUUCAUCAGAGUAGAUAGUUACCAUGUGUUUAUUGUGCCAAUGUGAACUGUAAUUUGCCAAAGAAUUACAUAAUUUGUUUGGGCUUGCAGAAAAGUUCCCUUGAAAAGAAAACCCUUUCGAAUAAAUAAAACUUACAAAUUACUAGUU